GCUGAAAUUAAGGACAUCCGAAUCCUUCCUGACUUCAAGACGGAAAUGCGGCAGCUGUGAUUCUUAUUAUUAUUUUUUAUAGAAUAUAUUUCAUCUUUUCAUUUCCUCCCUCCACUCACGCCUUUCUAUCCCUUGUCCAUUCCUCUCUACACACCAUUUCCCUCCACGGCUAGCGACAACCACCUAUUCCCUACUAUUUAAUUGCAUUCACGUUUUAUCCAAAUACAAAAAAUGAAGUUACUCAUCCGAGCCUCUGUAGCUAUUCUUCUUGUAACAUCAGCGUUUGCAGGGCCAGGCAGCCUUCAAGAUUUCCUGAAUGAUCCUCAGGUGGCCAAGCUAGCACCUAACCUCGUCAGCUACAUGAACACCCAUGAAUUUGAAACCUCAGCCAAUACCGCUUACUAUUACAAUAACUUGAUUGUACCUGAGACUGGUGAGCAGGUGCCAUUACUACAAGAUUUGAUUGCGAUUGCGUCCCAGCUCGUAUUUUCCUCCAAGGAUAACAAGGAUGCAGACUGGUCCCGGCUCGAAGCUGCCAAGCUCAAGGCGAUUCAGUCAUAUGGUGAAGCUGGCUUGGAGUCUGCAAAUCUGACAGCAAUUGAUAUUCAGCGAGCAUCGUUGAUUGUGAACACGAUCUAUGAUACGGUACUGCAACUGCCACUCAGCAGUAAGGCCCUAUAUGAGGACAAGGCAGCUGAAGCCAGCACUUCGCCGUUCUGGCGUUGGAUUGGCUCUGGAUUGAUCAAGUCCUCAGAUGUAGUAAAAAAUAUCAAGUCAGUGGUAUCUCCGGCCAAUCAGUGUGUCACAGAUAAUGAGGCAUACUUGGAUGGGGCAGAGGAAGCCAUCUACUACAGUUCGCUAGCAGAUGGUCUUGUUGGGGGAGCUCCGGUAGCGAUGCCAAAUGACCCGACGGCCAACUCAUUAAGUUUAGGGACAAUUGUCACAUCUGUAGGUAAAUUAGCCAUAGAAAUCCACAUGGCACAAUCCGUGGCCAGGUCAGCAGACCUAAACCCGAACGAUGAAGCUGUUCGAGCUAUGGUGUACCUGGGAUUAGCAGCUGAUUCACUCGUGUCCGAUUAUGCACUGACGGCGAAGGAUCUGUUAAAGUUGAAGAGUCAUAAACUGAUAAAGAAAGUGCCGGAUUCUGCAACCCAAGCGCUGGAACAACAGGCUGCGAUAGUGCUGGUUACAAAAGGUGCAGGGCGUGUUGACGGACAAAGGUCAUUCCCACAGAUACCAAUGAUUCGAAAUCUCUUUGCAUUCAGUAAUGGGGUCUUGAACGCGAGUAAGGUUGGGGAUGUGCUCAAGAAUGUAUUCUGUCCUGUUAAAAAUGAUGAAGGGACGGAGAAUCUACAAGCAACUGAUGCUGAUCUGAACAACACCGUGGAUGAAGGGCAGAAAAGCGCUGAAGACGUUAAGCCUGAAGAAGAUACUAAGCCAGAAGAGAAUGCUAAGUCUGAAGAUGCUGAUGCUGAGGACGAGGACGAGGCUGUUGGUGAUGAGAAUGCUGAGAAUGACGUUGAGGGCAACGAUAGCGCAGAUGUUGAACAGAAAAAAGGCCAGCAGCGAGAACAAAAGAAGCAAUGACAGCAGCAUUAAAAGUGGAGCCAGAAACUGUUGGGUGUUAAAAAGCCAUUUCUCUCUUGGCAAUCACUCAUUAAUACCACAUCAGAGAAACUUGAAGAAAUAAAUGUUCUUAAUCAAUCCUUCUCAGCUUAUGCAAUGGAUCUUUAUUUUUCCCUAACUAUGUGGUAUAUUGGGUCAUGCAUUGCUUCUUUGAGAGCCCGUGAGUGAAUGAUGGGAACGCUGGUGCUGAAUGCUU